AUGAACACCGAUCCGGUAACUAACGUGAAAGUCUCGGAUUUCUCUGUUAAUAGCUUCGCCCUGGAUCUGCUCCAUGAAUACUGGGAUCGACAUGGUGGCAGGCCCGCUUCUUCGGGUCGCAAGUAUUUAUCCUUGAGCAAUCUCAAUAGAUGCCAGGAGGGCAUGCCUCAUCAUUACAAUAUCGGUUCGGGAAAUCAUCGACGUAAUGGUAAUUCAAAAGAUCGAGACUUUAUUCUCCAUGACAAAAAUAAGGUAGUAAGUGUCACUCGUCGUAAGUCAAAAAAUAAAUGUCACGAUAGUGAUGACACUACCACAAGGGGAAAUCUGAAGAAUCGUGGUAGAGUUAAAGACUGGCGUGUAAAUUCGAAAACUCGUCGCGAUAGUGCGAGGAAGAAUGAGAGAGAACAAAUUAAAUUUUCUGACGCAUGCAAUACUAAUUUCUACUCGCGACUUGACAAAAAGAGGGAUGAAUCAAAUUAUAACGUAAAGAAAGACCAAGAGAACGAUUGUGAUCUCAUGGCGAUUGACACCGACGAUGGUAAUAAACCACAAAACCAUCUUAGAAAUAAUGGGGUCAGCUUUCGGGGAGUCGACAACCUGCAUACCACGAGGAACCGAAGCAACAAAGAUAGCGACAGCGAUACCACCAGAAAUCCGGGCGACGUUGACAAUUCUGACAGCGACGCCAAAGGCGAAAAUGAAAGCGCCUCGGGAAAAGUUCCUGAUAAGAACUCUGAAAUAAUUGCUCAAAUAGAAAAGACGAUGGAAAUACUUUGGGAUUCCAUAAGGUUCAGCGGUUCGUCGAGUGAUGAAGAAGAGGAUGAUUGUGAGGAAGGAAGUCUCGAUGGUAAAAGCUAUGUGUUGACCAAUAGACGAGAUGAAGAGGACAGCUGGGAAGGCAAGGUCAAGAGUAUCGACUGCAUCGAAAAGUACACAGAGUUGGAUAAAUUAUUGGUUUUUAUCACUUGGUGA